CUGGAUGAGGUGGAAGAAGGAAGGAAGGAAGGAAAAGAGGUGUAUUUUUACUCCAAGUUUGAGAAAGUGAACAGUAGCACUAGUUAUUUCCCUUGACUUCAUCUAGUUGCACACCAGAGAUUGGGACACAGCAUGGACUGCCUGGCCGCCCGUUACCGGAGGUGCCGCCUGAGACACGCUGCCUCUGACACUGGACUGACAAUGAAACGACGGCGUAAAUACUGGUUUUGGGGCCGGAAAGGUAAAAACUCAAAGACGUGUCUGCUCUGCUGUUAUGCGAGGAAAGGGAAAGCUGCAUGUUUCCAGUCGAAGAACGCUGACGAGGAGGCGUGCGUGGCCGUGAAAAUCGAACACUCCAGAGCUCUCGGCAGUAGUCCGGCGCGCGAUCGCAGCAGCGCACCCAGCGUGCAGGCGUGUCUGAGUCGGGCCGGUGGUGGGACGAACAACAAGAGCAGGGGGGGAGUCAAUGGAAGAGGCCCUGGCGGCAGGCCUCGGCUGCAGUCUAAACCAGAAGUGCCUCCAAAGCCACUGCACCUUCAGAGCCCAGUGACAAACCUCUCAUCCCCACUGGGCCGCACCAAGAAACCAUCACUUAGACGGGGCAUGGAGGAGGGAGGAGGAGGAGGAGGAGGAGAGGAGGAGGAGGGAGGAGGAGGAGGAGGAGGAGGAGGAAAGACAGCAGUGAACCGGGAGAGGGCCAGGGAGAAACAUUCCAAAGUCUCAGACCUGAUCAGUCGCUUUGAGGAGAACAGCAACACAGAGCACAAGAGAGACACCUCGCCGCUCAAAGCUGUCAGCAAGUCGACCAACGGCAGCCCGGCCCACCGGCCCAGCCCGAAGCAGACGGAGAGCGACAGGAACCAGGAGAACCACACCCCCGCGCUCAAGGAUGACCACAAGCCGGCUGCCAACGGGGUGGUAGCGCAGAUGGAGCCGGUGAAGGAGGAUAAGAAGGAGCAAGAGAACGGAAGUGUGAUGAUAGAAACCGCUGGGCUGGUCAAUGGAGAUAUGGGGGACGGGGGAGCAGAGCAGGAUGAGGAUCCUUCACCUCCACAGACAGGGAGGACUGAUGGAGAAGCUGAGGAGGAGAAGGACAGUGGGGCCGCGACAGACAGCGAGCACAGGACUGAAGAAGCGAGCACAGACCAAAAGGAGACGAACGAACAGAAGCUGUUUAAGAUCGCCAGCGAGCUGCUGCAGACAGAGAAGGCCUAUGUAGCCAGACUGAACCUGCUGGACCAGUUCUGUACUAAGCUAAUGGAGGAGGCCAACAAGGGAACGUUCCCGGUGGACGUGGUGAAGAACAUCUUCUCCAACAUCUCCUCCAUCCACACCUUCCACAGCCAGUUUCUGCUCCCAGACCUGGAGAAACGCAUGGGAGAAUGGGCGUCGAAACCUCGCAUCGGGGACAUCCUGCAGAAACUCACACCCUUCCUCAAGAUGUACGCCGAGUACGUGAAGAAUUUCGAGAAGGCCAUGGAGCUGCUGAAGCAAUGGUCCGACCGCUCUCCUCAGUUCAAGUCCACCAUCCAGGAGAUACAGACUCACGAGGCCUGUGGCAGCCUGACGCUGCAGCAUCACAUGCUGGAGCCCGUGCAGCGAGUCCCUCGAUAUGAGAUGCUGCUUAAAGACUAUCUGAAGAAGCUGCCUGAGGAAGACCCGGACAGACGAGAUGCAGAAAAAUCGUUAGAAAUCAUCUCCACAGCAGCGACUCACUCCAACAGCGCCAUACGGAAAUCUGAUAAUCUGAAGAAACUGUUGGAGAUUUACGAGUUGCUGGGAGAGGAGGAGGACAUCGUUCACCCGUCCAACGAGUUCAUCAAAGAGGGCCACAUCCUGAAGCUGGCCGCCAGGAACACAUCCGCCAUGGAGAGAUACCUCUACCUGUUCAACAACAUGCUGUUGUACUGCGUGCCCAAGUUCAGCCUGGGAGGACCCAAGUACACGGUGAGGACGCGAAUCGGCGUGGACGGCAUGAAGGUCCUGGAAACGACCAACGAGGACUACCCGCAUACCUUCCAGGUGUCGGGGAAGGAGAGGUUGCUGGAGCUACAGGCCAGCUCCGAACAAGACAAGGCCGACUGGAUCAAGGCUUUCAGGAAGACCAUUGAGAUCUUCCAGCAAAAGAACGAGUCCUUCAAGAACGCAUUGAAAGAUGUGGAGGACGUGUCGAAAGCGGAGCUGGGGAAGCGUGCCCCUCGAUGGAUCCGCGACAAUGAAGUGACGAUGUGCAUGAUGUGUAAAGAGCCUUUCAACGCUCUGACGCGGCGGAGACACCACUGCAGAGCCUGCGGAUAUGUGGUGUGCUGGAAAUGUUCAGACAACAAGGUGCAGCUCGAAUACGACAACAACAAGACGAACAAAGUCUGCAAGGACUGUUUCUCCAUCCUGAAAGGAGAGACAGUAGCUGAGGGGAAGAAGAAGGGAAUACUGGAGAUCGAGGCAGCUCAGUUCUCCGGCAGCAGCAUCAUGUGUGGCUUCCUGCAGUACUGCGAGAAGAACAAACCCUGGCAGAAGGUUUGGUGCGUGAUCCCUGAGAAGGAAUGUCUGGUGCUCUACCUCUACGGCGCUCCACAGGACGUGAAGGCCCAGUGCACAAUCCCCCUCCUGGGUUACUCCGUGGACGACAGCGUCCGGCCCACAGACACGCCGGCCAGCUUCCGCCUCUCCCAGUCCAAGUCCGUCCACAACUUCUCUGCUGAAACCGAGGAGCUCAAGCAGCGCUGGCUGAAAGUCAUCCGGGUGGCGGUGACGGGAGAGGUGCCAGAGUGCCCCCCCACCAACGGCACCAAUGCAAACGUGACUGAGGACCACAGCACCCAGGAGGCGGCGACCGACAGCUCAUAGAGGCCUUUCCUCUGUCGAACUUCUGCUGUUGUAUUGCUCGAGAAAGACGGGAUGAGCGGGGGUGCGUCUCCACGGCGUCUUGGAAUCUGACUUCUAAAGAUUAAGUGGACAAAAAGAAAUCAGUGCUGGAUAAGCUGCCUUUCCUCGUAGCUCUCCUGUUUCCCCAGUUUCCUCCUGGAUUUUCUCCCAAACUUUGAUUCAGAGCUGUGCUGGAUAACUAAAGGAUCUCUGGUACAAUCAACACUAGAGCAGCGGAGUUUCUUGGAAGUCCCUAAGACUCGCACUGUUAAGUAAGAACAGCUUAAACUCUACAGUCUUCAGGGACCUCGGCCAAAUCCUCCUGAGCCAGAGGACGACAGGACGUGAAUCAAAGCUGAAAGACGGUUCAAACUAUGUCUGCUGGUGCUGUGACUCAGCUGUGUACAUGUAUAGUAUAAAUGUUUUGUUUUUUCGUUUUUUGAAAAGGAACACGUGUGUUUUUAAUGUACAGAAAUCAGAAAACCAUCUAAGUAUGAUAUUAAUCAUUUCUCAGUAUUCUGCCGCUUUUUCUUUGCUAAAGACGAUGGUUUAAAAAGUGAGAACAUGACCGUGUGCUGGAGAUAAAAGAUAAUUUCUCUCUUCACUCAGUCUAAUCAAACUCUGGAUGAGCUGAUGUGUCUGUCUGCUCUGAAGCUGGACGCACCCAUUCUACGAAUUUGCAAAUUAACCCAGUUUUGAAUAUAUAUAGAUGGAUAGAUAAGAAUAGGAAUAAAUAGAUUUUUGAAUAUACUCAAGCAAAAGUACCACAUCAACUUUUCUACUUCAGUAAAAGACAGGAAGUGCUUGCUUUUAAAUAUACUUAGAAGUACUGUAUCCUGUUCCCUAAUGAAGCGUGGUCUACUUCAUCCUUAUGGCUGAGCCUGGGCCGUUCAAUCAAGCUGCACUAAAUUGCUCAAACUAAAUAUAGAUACCAGUCGUCUUAAUGUGCCUGAAAUAACGUCCAUUGUAGAAUCUUGUGUUACAGAAAGUGACAAGAAAUUCCUGUAUCUGCAUUAAAGUUUUAGAUGUUAAAACAGUUUUUACAGCUUGGGCUGGAAUGUCCCUUUAAAAUAAUAGUUUCAAUAUUAAAGACAAUGGCGUAAAUAGACAAAUCUUAAUUAAUUAAUUGUGUUUCAUCAUCGGCUGCUCCCCCCACAGCCUGAACAGUGCAGUUUGUAUUAAAAUAUCACAGUGGUGGUUUUAAUAUAUCAUAGAAAGUGAUGGAUGAUAAACCUCAAACCGUCGUCCAGCUCCACAGCAGCAGACCUCAGUUCAUGUGGAGAGAGAUUCUCUUCACAUGCGAAUGCAGCACAAUCUCAGACAGUGAACAAGCUGUCGCGGGAGAAAUGUAAAUGUACUUUUAAUGCUGUAAUUAUUAUUUAAAAAAGUAAUUUAUAGAGAAUGACGAGCAUGAUCUGUUGAUAGUAGCACAACAUUUGUUCCCUCGCUGUCCACGAAGAAGAAGAAGAAGAAGAAGUAGGCAGAUGUUUUGUUUUUUUCUAUGAGCAGAUGUAUUUCCACUAACUCUACAAACGCAUCACCUCGGUCCUUCAGCGGGACAACGACCAGUCGCAGCGCUGGAAGGACUAAAGGGGGAAAAUGUGCCUAUAUUCUCCACAGUGAGCUUCUCUUCAUUCACGACAUCCUCUUGUACUCGAUGCUGUUGCUCGGCCCCCUGAACUCCUCCUCCUCCUCAGUAUUCAAAAAAAGGAAAAACCAAGAGCACAAAACAUCCCCAUCUGUUGGAUCUGAAUGUAUAUCCUGAUUUCAUGUCCCUUCUUCUCCUCCCCCCCAAAGGAUUGAGAAUCUACGCACUUUACAGUCCUAUAAAGUGUCCCUUCAAAGAAAUAAAACAGCAUAAUGAAAUAUAA